GCAGCGCCGCCUUCACCAAACGAUGCGUUCGCAAAUGGCACCAACGCCUACUAUGUCGAGGAGAUGUACAGGCACUGGCGGCAGGACCCCAAGUCGGUCCAUGUCUCUUGGGACGUUUACUUCUCUGGCAUGGACAAGGGCCUUCCCAGCCAAAAAGCCUUCCAGCCACCUCCCAGUCUUGUUUCUGCCCCCGCCGACGGUGCUCCCGCUCUCCAUGCCAGCGGAGGCGCAGAGCUUGAUGACCACUUGAAGGUCCAAUUACUGGUGCGCGCGUACCAAGUGCGUGGCCACCAUGUUGCCGACCUCGACCCUCUUGGUAUCCUCGAUGCGGAUCUGAACGACGCACACCCGCCCGAGCUGGAACUGAGCCGCUAUGGCUUCACAGAGCGCGAUCUCGACAAGCAAAUCGCGCUAGGACCCGGUAUCCUACCCCACUUCGCCACCGAGGACCGCAAGACCAUGCCGCUGGGUGAGGUCAUCGACGUUUGCAAGCGCAUCUACUGCCGUGCCGUUGGUUAUCAGUACAUUCACAUCCCGGACAAGGAGCAGUGUGACUGGAUCAGGGAGCGCAUUGAGAUUCCCAAACCGUGGAACUACACCGUUGAGGAGAAACGUAUGGUCCUUGACCGUCUUAUCUGGUCCGAGACGUUCGAGCAGUUCUUGGCGAGCAAGCACCCGAACGAGAAGCGAUUCGGUUUGGAGGGUUGCGAGUCUUUGAUCCCUGGUAUGAAGGCCCUCAUUGACCGUUCCGUGGAGCACGGUGUCAAGCAUGUCACCAUUGGUAUGCCGCACCGUGGUCGACUCAAUGUACUCGCCAACGUCAUCCGUAAACCCGUCGAGGCGAUCCUAAACGAGUUCUCGGGUACGGCAGACGACGAUGACUUCCCCGCUGGUGACGUCAAGUACCACCUUGGCGCCAACUACGUCCGGCCCACGCCCUCUGGCAAGAAAGUCUCGCUAUCCCUUGUUGCCAAUCCAUCGCAUUUAGAGGCGGAGGACCCCGUGGUCCUCGGUAAGACCAGGGCUCUGCAGCACUUCGAGAGCGACGAGGCGACGCAUAACACCGCCAUGGGCGUCCUCCUGCACGGUGAUGCUGCCUUUGCCGGCCAGGGUGUGGUCUACGAGACUAUGGGCUUCCACAACCUCCCCCACUAUGGUACGGGCGGAACGAUCCACCUCAUCGUUAACAACCAGAUCGGAUUCACUACCGACCCCCGCUUCGCGCGUUCCACGCCGUACCCGUCCGACCUCGCGAAAGCCAUUGACGCACCCAUCUUCCACGUCAAUGGUGAUAACGUGGAGGCGGUCAACUUCGUCUGCCAGCUCGCCGCGGACUGGCGCGCCAAGUGGAGGAAGGACGUCGUCAUCGACAUCGUCUGUUACCGUCGCCACGGCCACAACGAGACGGACCAGCCGAGCUUCACGCAGCCGCGUAUGUACAAGGCCAUCGAGAAGCAGCCCACGCCGCUCACGCAGUACUCCAAAUUCCUGAUCGAACGCGGCACGUUCACCGAGAAGGACAUCGAGGAGCACAAGAAGUGGGUCUGGGGCAUGCUCGAGAAGGCCGCGAGCGCCGCCAAGGACUACGUCCCCACGAGCAAGGAGUGGCUCUCUGCGUCGUGGCAGGGCUUCCCGUCGCCCAAGCAGCUCGCCGAGGAGACGCUCCCGACGCGUAGCACCGGCACGUCCGAGGAGGUACUGAAGCGCGUCGGUAAGGCCAUCUCGUCGUGGCCCGACGGCUUCACGCCGCACCGCAACCUCGCGCGUAUCCUCACCAACCGCGGCAAGACGGUUGAGGAGGGCCACAACAUCGACUGGGCGACCGCAGAGGCGCUCGCGUUCGGCGCGCUCGCACUGGAGAAGAUCCACGUGCGCGUGUCUGGGCAGGACGUCGAGCGCGGCACGUUCUCGCAGCGCCACGCCGUCGUCCACGACCAGGCGAACGAGCAGCAGUACAUCCCGCUGAACGACCUCGGCUCGAGCCAGGCGCGCUUCAUCGUCUGCAACUCGUCGCUGUCCGAGUUCGGCACGCUGGGCUUCGAGCUCGGCUACUCGCUCGUGUCGCCGGACGCCCUCACGAUCUGGGAGGCGCAGUUCGGUGACUUCGCGAACAAUGCGCAGUGCAUCAUCGACCAGUUCAUCGCGUCCGGCGAGCGGAAAUGGCUCCAGCGCACCGGCCUGGUCAUGAGCUUGCCGCACGGGUUCGACGGUCAGGGUCCUGAGCACUCGAGCGGUCGUCUGGAGCGAUUCCUGCAGUUGUGUGACGACCACCCGCAGAACUUCCCUACGCCAGAGAAGAUCGAGCGGCAGCACCAGGACUGCAACAUGCAGAUUGUGUACCCGACGACGCCUGCCAACUACUUCCAUGUACUGCGUCGCCAGAUUCACCGCGACUUCCGGAAGCCGCUUAUCGUCUUCUUCUCGAAAUCACUCCUUCGUCACCCGAAAGCUCGUUCGGAUCUCUCGGAGAUGGCUGGCGACACCCACUUCCAGAGGUACCUGCCUGAGCCCCACCCCGAGAACCUCGUUCCUCCGGAACAGAUCAGACGGCAUGUUCUCUGCACUGGCCAAGUGUACCACACGCUCCUGCAAGAACGUGAGGAUAAGGGCAUCAACGACGUCGCGAUCAGCCGCCUAGAGCAGAUUUCGCCCUUCCCCUAUGACUUGUUGACGCCUCAUCUCGACAAGUACCCUAACGCCGACAUCCUAUGGUGCCAGGAGGAGCCCCUCAACAAUGGUGCGUGGACCUACGUCGGCCCCCGCAUCCUGACUGCUGCAAACGAGACGGAGCACCACAAGGGCAAGUACCCCCUGUACGCCGGCCGUGAUCCGACGAGCUCCGUUGCGACUGGAAGCAAGACAAUGCACAAGAAGCAGACUGAAUCCUUCCUUGCGACCGCAUUCUCGUCAUGAUCACGCUAUACUACAUGUUGUGUUUACCUUACUAUAAUGGACACACUCACGCUUUCGUGUGU